GUGAAAUCAAAUCAAAUCAAGACUCUCUCUCUUGCUCGCGCUCUCUAUCAUUCGCCGCCGACGCGCCACCGCAAUCUCUAUCAUUCGCCACCGCAAAACUCAGAGAUGCCUUCGAUCUUUUCGUCAAUUCCGGAAGACAUAGUGCAUCGCAUCUUGGCUCGCUUGCCCAAAUGCUAUCACCCUAUGAUCAGGGGUCUCUCAAAGGAGUUUGGUCAUCUUAUUAGGUCGCCGGAGAUUGAGAAGAUCCGUGCCCGACUGAGUAAAGAUUCGAUGUACUUGUACAGCGAGUACACACCUUCGGUGAUGGUAGCGGUUGGGCCAGAGAUUUUCUGGAUUAGCAGAGGGUCAUCUCCUCAAUCUGUGAUGUCUGUGUUUGAUUCAAGAACAGGGAAGGUUAGGAAAGGACCAAGUUCCACGGCUCCAAGAUGCGUAAGAUGUGCCGCUGCGGUUGAAAGGAAGGUCUAUGUCAUUGGCGUUAACCCUAAAGAUGAAGAAGGAGUGUAUGUUGAAGCCUUUGAUGUUAAGACACAAACCUGGGAGUGUGGGCCAGUUCCUGAGGAGAAUGUGGAAGGUAGAUGUGGUGUCGCACUAGACAGGAUGGUUUGUGCUUUAAGUUCAACUCUUGAAGACAUCCCUAACUGCUACAACACUAGAGAUGGGUCUUGUGAUUUCAUCAAAAUGGCCAAAGAAGACUCGUGGGGAUCAACAGGUGCUUGUGUGAUACACAACAUUCUGUACGUGUAUUACGCUGAGAUGGGGUUGGCUUGGUACGACACUAAGGAUAAGAUCUGGAGGAAAGUUAGUAACUUGGACCCUCUCAACAAGCUUAAAUCUGUAGCUUUGGGUGACUAUUAUGGCAAAUUGGCGCUUCUGUGGGAGAAAGAGAGUGAGGGUUGUGGUGACACAAAGGAGGUUUGGUGCCAGAUGAUUGGUUUGGCGAGGAUUGAAGGAGCUGUUCGUGGGACUGCUGAAACGUCUCACCUUCUGGGGAGUAUCCCUCGUGACUACAGGCUUCAGGAAUGUCUCUCUGUCUGUGCUUAAAGGUUGUCUAUCCCUCCCUGUAGAUACACUGCGUAUAUGAUGAACUUCUCCCGCAAGUCUCUCUUGUUUCCCUGCAGUUUCUUUUAGAUAUGACUAUUCAAUCUUUUGUUUGUGGAGUCAAAGUUCUCUGAUAUUGGAUAUUAUAACCUCUUGCAAGUUUUGUAGAUAGACUCUGCAGUUUCUUUCUUUAGAUAGUUGCUUGAACUUGAGCUUUCAUACUUGCCUUUGUGGUUAUGACUUAUGAGGAAACGUUCUGUUUUGUACAGUUUUGUCAUGCUUUUUUU